AUGGGCAACUGCCAGGCGGCGGAGGCGGCGACGGUGGUGGUGCAGCAACCGGGCGGCCGCGUCCAGCGCCUCUACUGGGCCACCAGCGCCGCCGAGGUCAUGCGCGCCAACCCGGGCCACUACGUCGCGCUCGUCACGCACCGCGCCGACGCCGACGACGAGAAGCUUCGGUCCCACUCCCAGCAGCAGCGGCAGGGGGAGCAGCAGCACAGGCAUCACGGCGCCUCGCGCGUCACGCGGGUGAAGCUGCUCAAGCCCCGCGACACGCUGGUGCUUGGCCAGGCGUACCGCCUCAUCACCGUCGCCGAGGUCACCAAGGCGCUGCAGGCCAAGGAGGAGGAGAAGACCCGGAGGGCGCAGCAGCAGCUGCUGCAGCAGGUAGUUCAGACGAAGCACGCCGGCGGGAGGACGGGCUCCGGUGACGACUCGCAGCCGCAGCAGGUGGCUGAUGGCAGCCUUGAUCAGGUCAUUUUAGCGAGUUGGGGAGUUGGGGACACACUGAAAUGGAAAUGUUGCAAAAACGAGCAGGGCGCUGUACUGUUAUAUUCAGACAUGAUACAGGGGUACCUCCCUUUGCAGAUAGCUUUUGAGGAUCUUGUUGCUUAUUGCGUUGCGUUCGUGGCGCCGGACUGGCAAUCAUAA